CCCUCCCCUCCCUCCCGCCGGGCGCGGUUGACCAAUCGGGACGCUCCCCUGUGCAGACGGGCAGCGCCGGGAGCCAAUGGGCGCGAGGGAGCGGGAAUGGGGGCGGGGCCUGGACUGGGGGCGAAGGCAGGCCGGGGGGCGAUGGAGCCAGACUGCAAGCGCAGGAGGAUGGAGGAGCCGGCGGACCCCCCGUGGGAGCCGGUGCUGGUGCUGCCCGAGCUGGAGUCGCAGGAGGUCGAGCUGACCCCGGCCUACGCCGCCCCCGUGCUGCUCCGGACCGAGACGUCCCGCCUGGUGCGGGAGCUGGCGGCCGCCCGCCCCCUGCCGGAGCUCCCGCACCUCAAGCGGGUGCGGGCGCGGGGGGGGACCCAGCCGCUGGAGCUGCUCCUCUGCCCGGCCGGCCCCUCGCCGGGCGCCUCGCGGCCGCUGGCGGAGCUCCUCCCCGCCGGACGGGUGGACGUGCGCGGCCUGGGGGAGCCCUUCCUGGUGCAGGUGCCCGCCCGGGCCCCCCUCACCCGGCCCCAGUUCGAGGCGGCCGCCCGGCACUGGCCCACCGCCUUCCACGAGAACAAACGGACCAGCCGGGCCCUGGCCGGGCGCCUCUUCACCCCCCAGGACAAGGCGGCCAUGGAAGCUCACAUGCAGCAGGCCGUCCGGGCCGCCCGCCGGGGGGCGGAGCUGGGCAUGGUGCCGGCGGGCGCCGCCGUGGUGGAGCCGGCCACGGGGCGGGUCCUGGCGGUGGGGCACGACUGCCGGAACGGCCUCCACCCGCUGCUCCACGCCGCCAUGGUCUGCAUCGACCUGGUGGCUCGCGGCCAGGGCGGAGGCGCCUACAGCUACCGGGACUAUCCCGCCUGCUCCUUCCUGCCCCCGGACGGCUGCCCCCUGCCCGGCGAGGGGCUGCCCUACAUCUGCACCGGCUACGACCUGUACCUCACCCGGGAGCCCUGCGUCAUGUGCGCCAUGGCCCUGGUCCACUCCAGAAUCCAGCGGGUCUUCUACGGCGCCGCCUCCCCGCACGGGGCCCUGGGCUCCGGCUACCGACUCCACGGCCGCCCGGACCUCAACCACCGCUACGAGGUCUUCCGGGGCGUCCUGGAGGGGCCCUGCCGCCGCCUGGGCCGGGAGCCCGCUGCCCGCUAGCGCCGGGCGCGGCUUUUAGCCCGUCUGUUUUAACAAGCCGAGCUGGACAUGGGGGUGUUUUAAAUAAAGUUGUUUUAAUGGGGAUCUGGCUGUGUUACGUGCCGGGGGGAGGAGGGUGUCGGCCACCAAAUCUGUGCCCGUUUGGGCUGGGGGGGCUUCCUGGGGGACGGGCCGUGCUGCAGCCGGUUCUGAUGGGUGGGAGCUGGGCCCAGGGGUGGCAGGUGAAGCUGCCCCCCCUCGCCCGGGGGGCUGAGACGGUGAGUCUGGAGCCCCUCCACCUGUGGCCCCACCCAAUUCCUCCCCUUCCCUCACAGCCCCCCCGUUCCACCCCCACUCCGCCUUCCCCCCCCAACCCCAUCCCCCUGCGCCCCAGAGACGCUCUGUGAGAGCUGUUCCAGGGACGUAGGGGGGGGAGAUUUUUCCUGAGGCCCCCAAAUCCGCCACUGUGCCCCCCUGGUGACCCAAGGCUGGGGGAGAUUUAGCCAGGCCGGGGUCCAUGGGCCAGCUGAAGAUGGUAGCCAGGGUGACCAGAUCACCC